AUGGAGAAUAACGGAGAAUGGGCGGUAAAACCGUGUGCGGCAGAUAUGCCAUGGGCAUAUGAGCUUCGAUCAUCAGAAGGAUUUGCUAUUUUUGCAGUUGCAGUUGCAAUGUUUGUGGAUUCAUUCAUAUAUUCAAUGAUUGUUCCAAUUAUGCCAAAAGUUCUAGGUGAUAUUGGAAACCUACCUAGAAGCGAAAUCCAAACAUGGGUUGCCAUCCUGCUUGCUGCCUAUGGCGCCACUUUGAUUAUUGGGUCUCUUGUCUUUGGAUAUAUAUCAGACCAUUCCAGCAAACGAAAACCUGCCUUCUUCAUAGGCCUGAUAUCCAUGGCCGGUGCCGUGAGCCUGUUCAUCAUCUCAACCUCACCGCCAGUACUGGUCACAGCUCGACUCCUGCAAGGCCUCGCCGCUGGCGGUGUAUGGGUAGCUGGACUCGCCCUUAUUGCGAAUAGAGUCAGCAGGGACCGCAUUGGAGAAGCUAUGGGCCAUACAACACUGGGAAUGACGUGGGGAGGGCUUCUCGGGCCAUUUACUGGUAUUAUCUACGAUAAAUUCGGAUAUUAUGCAUCAUUCGCGAUUCCAUUAUCGCUUUUAGGGUUAGACAUAAUUUUGCGAUUUGCCAUUAUUGAAGGAAGUUCAGAAAGCCGUCUCACCAGUAAUUAUAAAACAUGCCCUAGAGACUCUUCUGAGACGACCCCCUGCCUUGCAGAUAAUGGUGAACAUGAAGGCCAAGUGCUCUCUUUCGGGCCUGGCUCGCAGGUAGAACCUGAAUCCCAGCAACUAAAGCCCAAGACAUCACAAUAUCGUCUGCCGCCGAUGAUACAACUACUUCGAAAUCCGAAAAUAUUAGUUACCCUUCUCGAGAUAGCUGUCGCAGCAUCUAUUCUAUCCGCCUUUGAGGCGACAUUGCCUCUCUUCGUCAUACAGCGAUUUGGCUGGGGCUCAGCUGGGGCAGGGAUGAUAUUCCUUUCUAUAACUGUCCCAAGUACAGCUGGUAUUCUCGUUGGAAAGCUCGCUGAUAAGAUUGGCACUCGCUAUUUUUCACCGCUAGCCUUCCUACUGGCCGGCCCUGCAAUCUUUCUUAUGCGCUAUGUGACAGGGCCCAGCAUGCUCAACGUCUUCUUCCUUGUUGGUCUUCUAGCCUUAGCGGGGUUUUCGAUUGUGGUUAUCGAGGUAAUCACAAUGACUGAGGUGUUCCAUUCAGUUAGUGAUGCUGAGGCAAAGACACCAGAAGCGUUUGGGCCAUAUGGUGCUGUUGCUCAGGCUUAUGCAAUUUUGAAUAUAUCAUUCGCAUGUGGCCAGUUUGCGGGUCCCUUGAUAGCCGGAAUGCUGAAAGAUGGAACUGGAUGGCAAGGUAUGACCCUAGUGUUAUCGCUCUGUUGUCCUCCAAUGGCACUAUUUGUUGGGUUAUUUAAUUGGUGGGCACAAGUAUCUACACCUGCGGUAGAUACGGACGAAUAA